AGUGAGCAAGUGAGAAAGAAAGGGAGGGAGCCAGCCAGCCAGCUAGCCCUGGGUCCGUCGGCAUGUCCAGAUCUCACCCUCAGCAUUCAGAGAUUCUCUCAACUUCACACUGAUCUUCUCAAAUGUCAGAGCCUGACUUGCUGGCCAGCUAGUAGCCUCUGAAACCCCUCGCAGUCCAGCUCAUGGGUCCACGAAGUGGCCAACGCUUUGUGAGGUAGCGAAGCUGUGGGAAAGGCCCGUAAGCCCAGGCUGGGGCCAGAAUGGAGACGGCGGAUGGCGAGGGAGACGAGUACGUGUUGGUAGAGCAUGCCUUCGAGUACACUGGCAAGGAUGGACGACGCAUCUGCAUUCGGCCCAAUGAGCGCUACCAGCUGCUGCGGCGGAGCACAGAGCACUGGUGGCAUGUGAGGCGAGAACCUGGCAGCCGUCCCUUCUACUUGCCCGCCCAGUAUGUUCGAGAGCUGCCACGGCUCAGUUCCCCCAAUGGCCUGUCCUCUUCCCAGAUACCCUUACCCGCCGCUGCUCCGGCCACCUGCGCUCCGGAGCCGCUCACUUACGAUUACAAAUUCGUGAGCAUCCCUGCAGAGACCGCGUCCGCCCCGUCGAGUGGCGACUCAGGGAGCCCUUCAGAGAACACAACUGGCGCCCUGGGCCGUUUCAGCUCCUUCCACAGCCCGGGGCGGCGACGCGAUGCUGGCAAACGAAGCAGUUUGGCUCCUGGCCUCCCUACUACCCUUUACCUCCGACCCGCAGCCCCUAUUAGGACGGCACAGUCCUUAGAUGACCUGGCUCGGACAGCCGUCGUGCCCAUCUCUGGGCUCCUGGGAAGCUCCGGAUCCUACAAGGCUUGCAGCGUGGCAGGCUCCUGGGUUUCCCCCCGACCCCUUGCCCAGAGUCGCCCCCCCAGCCAGAGUCAGCCCCUCUCCCAGAGCCGGAGCGACUCGGAGAACAUCUAUGAGUCUAUCCAAGACGUGCGAGGCGAGCUUCCGGAAAAGAAGGUAGAGAAUUCUCUGGACCCUGUAUAUGUGAAUGUAGAGAGGCAGCAGCGAAUUCCUGCUCUGGCUCCAGCCUCUCCCUCUACUCCUGCCCCUGCCCCAAUCCCUAUCUCCACCAACCCAGUGUGGGAGACUCAUACAGACUUGGGCAGUGGACGGCCCUACUAUUAUAAUCCAAGCACCGGGGAGACCACUUGGGAGUCUCCCUUUGGGCCUACUGAAUCUGCAUCUAGUCCGGCUACCUCUCUAUCUCCUCUGGGCAGCCCAGGGGACCCUGAAGCUGAGUGGGAUCAGUACUGGGAUGAAGAGAGCCGGAGAGUGUUCUUCUACAACCCCCUGACUGGUGAGACUGCGUGGGAGGAGUCCACCACCCCUGAGAUGCAAACAGAACUUGCCCCUUGUAGCCCAAUGGAUCAAAGGCCACCAACACCAGAGGCAGAUUAUCCAGAGGAGCUAACAUGCUACCCAGAGGAAGACUACUCUCCAGUGAGCUCUUACACUGACCCCAUCCCAGGAUCCCCAACUCCAGGGAGAACAACUGACCCCCAUAUACCUCCUGGCUGGUCCUGCCACAUCUCUCCAGAUGGGCAGUUGCUCUAUACCAACCUUUAUACCCAGGAGCAGUGGAUGAGAUCUGAGGAUGAGCAGGGGAAGCCGUACUUCUACAACCCCAGUGACAGCACUACCCAGUGGGAGCUUCCCCAGGUACCUGUCACAGGUCAGCGCUACCAGAGCAGCAGCAAGUCCAGUCAGAACAAUGAUUCCUUGACACUGACCAGUCCUCCAGAGGCAAAAUCUAAGACUCUGGAUAAAGCUGGUGUCCUUUAUCGCACCAAGACAGUGGACAAAGGGAAGCGUCUUCGGAAGAAGAAUUGGAGCUCUUCCUGGACUGUGCUUGAAGGCGGGAUUCUGACCUUCUUCAAGGAGUCAAAGGCCUCAACUGCUGGCAGCCUGAGACAGCCAUCCAACUUGUCGACUCCAGAAUAUACCGUGGACCUCCGAGGAGCUACUCUGAAUUGGGCCACAAAAGACAAGUCCAGCAAGAAAAAUGUGCUAGAGCUCCGGAGCCGAGAUAGCUCUGAAUACCUGAUUCAGCACGACUCAGAGACCAUUAUUGGGACUUGGUACAAGGCGAUCAUUCAGGGCAUCCAGGAGCAGUCCACAGACUCCUACCCUGAGAUUGACUGUGAAAACAGUGCUGACUUUGGGUCCAGUGAACGGCUGGGAGGUGGAAGGGAGAAAGAAGAGGAAAAGAAGCAUCCUAUCAGUCCCAUGGGUCCUGAGAGUGACUCCAGCAAGGUUCGACACAAACUCCGAAAAUUCUUGUUGAGGAGACCAACACUGCAAUCCCUUCGGGAGAAGGGCUACAUCAAAGACCAGGUGUUUGGCUGUGCGUUGUCGACGCUGUGUGAGCGAGAGAAUAGCCUCAUACCCCGCUUUGUGCAGCAGUGUAUCCGGACAGUGGAGUCUCGGGGGUUGGACAUUGAUGGAUUAUACCGCAUCAGCGGGAAUCUGGCCACCAUCCAGAAACUACGUUACAAGGUGGACCAUGAUGAACGCCUGGACCUGGACGAUGGGCGCUGGGAGGACGUCCACGUCAUUACCGGAGCACUGAAGCUCUUCUUCCGGGAGCUCCCCGAGCCCCUCUUCCCCUUCUCUCACUUCCACCAGUUCAUCUCUGCCAUCAAACUCCAGGAUCAGGCUAAGCGGAGCUGCCACGUCCGGGACCUGGUGCAUUCUCUUCCCGCCCCCAAUCAGAACACCAUGCGUCUUCUCUUCCAGCACCUCUGCAGGGUGAUCGAACACAGAGAAGAAAACCGCAUGUCCGUACAGAGUGUGGCGAUCGUCUUUGGGCCCACGCUACUGCGGCCCGAGAGCGAGGAGGGAAACAUGCCUAUGACCAUGGUGUUUCAGAACCAGGUGGUUGAGCUGAUACUUCAGCAGUGCAGGGACAUCUUCCCCCAACGCUGACCCAGUCCUGCCAGAGGCCGGGACACAGCUGGACAGUGGGGUGUUGACACAGUGGGGUUGGAGGGUAGAGGAGGGAGGGACCAAUUUAACCAAUAAAUAAUUUCCUUUGUGCUGGGA